UUAAAUGGUAUAUAAAUCUGACAUCAUUUCUUAAAUGCUGUCAUUAAAAUCAACCCACAUGAAAUUACAUAAAAAAAAAAAAGAGGGGGCUGGCAGGUAAUAGCUAUCGUCAAAACAAAACGAACACAGCACACACACAGACAUUCGACACUUACUACUAAGUAUCAACUUCAAUGCUUUGAUCAUUUCAAGAAACCCAAAAAGAAAAAAAUGUGCUCGUCAGCUACUGCAUCUCCACCUUCUCUCUUCCUUGGCGCCACCAGUCCUCGCUCUCUUAUACGCCACCGUAAUGGGCCAUUUGUUUUAAUUUCCCCAUACUCAUUUCUCAGAUCCAAAAACCCUAGACUCCUUCGCUUAUCCGCUUCUCUCACCGAUAAUCACCCUGACACCACCACCUCCUCUUGGUUCUCUCCCGCUUACUCCUCCACCUUCGACGUCGACGACGGCUAUAAUGGUUGGGCUGUCCUUGAACAUCCUUCUCCUCCUCGGAGCCAUAAGAACGAAGGAUUAUCUGCAAUUUUGAUUGGUGGUGGGAGUUGUGUUGUUGCUAUGGUUGCUGCUGCUGCUUAUUUCUCGUUCUCUAGAAAGGGGUUUAAUUUGAAAUUUCAGAGUCAGUCGCAUGGAAUUACAAGUCCAAUUGAGAGUACGUCAGAUAGAAUUGAAGUUGUUUCUGAGUUUAUACCGGAAGCCCCUGGAGAAGCUCUAGCUCCAGCCUCUUCGCAGAGGCUUGAACGAGAUAAAGUGGCAGUUCUUGUGGAUUCAAAUCAACUGGAAGCUCUAUCAGUUCUGAAGAAACUUAAGAUCAUUGAAGAUGAUGUAAGAGCUGAUGAAUUGUGCACCAGAAGGGAAUAUGCUAGAUGGUUAGUCCGGCUAAAUUCAUUGUUGGAAAGGAAUCCGAAACAUAGAAUUGCUUGUCUAUCACUUUGUGGUUCUAUACUUGCUGCUUUUGAUGAUGUGAGUGUUGAAGAUCCUGAUUUUGAUUCCAUCCAAGCUCUUGCGGAGGCUGGCUUCAUUCCCAGCAAGAUAUCAGGGAGCCAUUGCUGUUCUGACACCUCAAAAGGAGAUGAAAGCUUCUGCUUUCACCCUGAGAGGUUUAUUUCUCGGCAGGACAUGAUCAACUGGAAAGCUCAGUUAGAAUAUCAAUUUUUGCCUAGAAUAACUGAACAGAUGUCAAGGAUAAGAGUAGAUUAUAUGGAUAUGAAGGAUAUCAGCUCAGAGGCAUCAUCUGAAUUCCUUAUCGACUUAUUGGCUGCGGACAAGAGCAUAAUUAGAAAAGUUUUUGGACAGAGUAGGCGGUUUCAACCAAAUAAACCUUUGACAAAGGCACAAGCAGCAGUGGCAUUAAUAAGUGGUCGGAUGUCCGAAGCAGUUUAUAAUGAAAUAUUAAGAGUGGAAGCUGAUAAUUCUUCAAGGCAAGCUGCACUAAAAGAAAUAAGGUCUGAAUUGCUUGAGAAAGGAGACAUAGAGAGGUUUUGGCGUGAGAAGAAUAGUGAAGAAAGAACUCGUGGCCUUGAGGUUCAAAAACUAUAUGUUACUGUUUUACAUGAUUUGGAACAGGAGAAAACUGUCCAGUUGAAAGCAUUGGCAGAAUAUUUGAAGGAGAGGGCAGCCAUGGACUGUCAGAGGCAACUGCUUCUUCAUUUGAAGGAAGAGGUUGAUGAGAUGUCAGAAAGGCUUACAUCUGAGAGGGCUAUGUAUGUAGCUGAGCAGGGUAAUCUACAGGAACUACUCGGUGAAUUACAGGCCAGGCAGGAAGGGAUGCUUGACAAAAAAUGUGUACUGGAAGCUGAAAUAGAAGCUAUUCGAAUUCUUAGAUCUUGGGUAGAGGAUGAAGCUAGGAAAAGCCAAGCCCGUGCUAAAGUUCUCGAGGAGGUAGGAAGAAGGUGGAAAUGGGACAACCAAGCCUAAAUACUACAGUCCACUGAUGGAGAUCAAUCAAACUUCCCUGAUGUAAUUUUUUUUUUUACCUUGAUAGAGGAAUAUGUAAGAAAUCAUGAUUGAUAAUGUUAUACGGGAUGGGGGAUACUGGUUCUUUGUCAUUGCUUUUGAAUGGAUUAAGCAACUAGAGAAUUGAUGAGAUUGGAGGUGAUAAUUGACAAAGAUAUCAUCGUCAAUUCUUAAGAGUAUGUUGAGCGGCAAUCCUCUUGAGAAUUUAUUGGUUACACCAGUUAGAGCUGAUUCGGUGCAUGAUUCAGCUUUCUCUCUUGUUGUAUUAUGCAGCUUGCACUAUGUUCUGGGGGUUUCGCACCAAUUUGUAUUGAGAUUGUGCAGUCGCAGUCCCCUAUUCUGAAUGUAUGACUUCCCAAUCAAUAAGCAAGCUAUAAAAUUCCUUCAUUAUUUCGGA